GUGAUCACAGACACCAGCGUCGCUAGCUUGGCUCCGGGGGGGUGUGCUGGAUGGCGGUGGCAGUUUCAACGGGUGGGGAGGGGCUCAUUAUGGAGAAUGGACAGGGCACUACCCCUAAGCUUGGCCUGCCGCCGCUAACACCAAACCAGCAGGAGGCACUACAGAAGGCUAAGAAGUAUGCCAUGGAGCAGAGCAUUAAGAGUGUGCUGGUUAAACAGACGCUGGCACAGCAGCAGCAACAACAGCUCUCCAACCUACAGAUGGCGUCUUUGACGAUGGGUUUUGCAGAAACGCUCUCACCGUUACAGUCGGUUGCAGCUCAGAGGCAGCGUGCGUUGGCCAUCAUGUGUCGAGUCUACGUGGGAUCCAUCUACUAUGAAUUGGGAGAGGACACCAUCAGACAAGCCUUUGCCCCAUUUGGGCCAAUCAAGAGCAUUGACAUGUCCUGGGACUCUGUUACCAUGAAGCACAAGGGUUUUGCAUUUGUAGAGUAUGAGAUGCCUGAGGCGGCUCAAUUGGCCCUGGAGCAGAUGAACUCUGUGAUGCUAGGUGGCAGAAACAUCAAGGUAGGGCGGCCUAGCAACAUCGGACAGGCACAGCCAAUCAUUGACCAGCUAGCAGAGGAGGCGCGUGCCUUCAACAGGAUCUAUGUGGCAUCUGUUCACCCUGACCUCUCAGACGAUGACAUCAAAAGUGUGUUUGAGGCCUUUGGCAGAAUCAAGUCCUGUAUGUUAGCAAGAGACACCACGACAGCCAGACAUAAAGGCUAUGGUUUCAUAGGGUAUGAGAAUGCCCAGUCAGCUCAGGAUGCUGUGUCCUCUAUGAACCUGUUUGACCUGGGUGGUCAAUACCUCCGUGUGGGGAAGGCUGUCACCCCGCCCAUGCCCCUCCUCACCCCAAUUACCCCCGGAGGCCUCCCCACUGCUGCUGCCGUAGCUGCUGCCGCCGCAACAGCCAAGAUCACCGCUCAGGAGGCUGUUGGAGCGUCGGUGCUGGGGGCCCUGGCGGGGCCAGCUCUUUUCUCCCAGCAGCUGGGAGCCCCGCCCCAGGCUGUCAUGGCUGCCCAAGCACCAGGUGUCAUCACAGACUCAAGAGGAAAGAUGCCGGCAGUGGAUCAAACAGUGUGGGAGGCCCCAUUCCCAGCUAAAUACCACCAAGAUUAACAAACAUACUACAUACGUCUGCUCCAAGGUUGGCAUGACGUCCCAACAGGCAAUUACGAACUUCUUUUGCUUCAAUCUUUCUUUGUGGCUUUUUGUGAAUGGACGGCCUACUCCUGAGUAUCCCAACCCUGUACUUGCUGUUCAAGUGCCUAACCAGACAAGGGAACAUCAAGGAGGCUGUCGAAAGCCACCAACAAAACGAUUGAGUUUGCAAGAUGCCUCCACCUCCAGCACCAUUGAGGAAAACCCAGAAGGGAGUCAACAGUGUGUUAUUGACAAUGAGUCUUGAGCAAUCCCCACUUCCUGAACACCGGGAUCAGCUGGAAAGGGAACCAAGGAGGAGCAGGUCACAGAAAAAGAGAAGAAAUUUGAAGAAGAAAAUUACAACCUGAAAUUGAAAUUGGCUUUGAAAGAAACAGGGGUAGAAAGGCUGAAAAAACACAUUAGCAUGUUUACAAAGAAAACUCUCACUCCCGAACUCGUUCAAAGCAGCGAAAUCCCCAAAAUGUUUGAAUACAGUACUGGGUUCACGUAUGAACGAUUCAACCAACUGUGCACAUUAUUUGGCAUCCCAAAUGAUCCACUCACCACUCGAGUAAAUGUCCCCUUAAAAUACAAGCGAAAUGAUUGGCCAGUUGUCGAGAUGCUCCUCCGUAGCCAGUUGCUCUUUGUUUUGAUGAAACUGAACAACAAUGAAGACCUGAAAAACCUUGCCUUUAGAUUCAAUAUAAACAAGCAAACUGCAAGUAAUGUUUUCAGUUCCUGGAUUCACUAAAUGUUUGACGUAUUAGGCGAAUUACCAAUUUGGCCUCACAGAAAUGUCAUUGCAGAAAACAUGCCAGAAACCUACAAAGCGGACUACCCGUCAACAUUCGCAAUAUUAGAUUGCACAGAACUGAAAAUGGAAAGGCCAAUCUCACUGAUGUUGCAAAGCUAAAGCUUUUCAAAUUACAAAAGCACCAACACCCUUAAAUCGCUAGUUGCUUGUGACCCCCAUUGUGUGGUGAUUUUUUCAUCAGCACUUUUCACAGGCACUAUGUCCCACAAGGAGAUAGUCAGACAGUGUGGUGUCACCCCACUACUCGAGAAACUGAUUUAGAAGGGUUACUUGCAAAGAGGGGGUGGCAUAAUGGCUGAUAAGGGAUUUUUGAUAGAGGAAGACAUGAAGGCAGUUGGCCUGCAGUUAAACCUGCCACCCUUUGCAAGGUCUAAGAGGCAAAUGCCAGCUGGAGAUGUGCUCACAACAUUGCAAAGCACCGGGUGCAUGUAGAGAGGGCCAUCGCUAAAAUAGAAAAAGUUUAAAAUCGUGUCAGAGCCCGCUCUGAUGGCCGAGCGGAAUAAGCCGCCGGUCUUGCAGUCCGCUCGUCAUGUGGCUGGGUGGUUCGUAUCCCAGACUUGCUGUAACCGGUCACGGCCAGAGCGUCCACGGGGGAAGACCUUCAUUAGGCCAGCCUUACCCGAGGGAUAGUGGGUGUAGAUCGGUGUAGUGUUCGGGGACUUGUCGUUCUCCAGCGACCCCUCUGGCCCACCUGGGCACCUGCAGCCAAGCAACUGAAAGCAUUCUCCCUACGCCUCCUUCGCGGCCUGAAGGUGAUGCAAUCCAUGCGAGGAGGCUUCAGUGUGUAAAAUAGUGAGAGCAGCCAAGACGAGUUUGAAGGAAGCUGGUGUUACGCCUAUCUCCUUCCUGUGGAAACGUGAGCCAGGGGAGUUAUUCCACAAGAGUUCCGGCCAUAUGCCAGUGGGUUAAUCGGGUGGAAUAAGGGGAAAAACUAGAUAUAAAUUUAUUUUUUUAAAAAUCGUUUCAGACAGAAUUCCCAGUACUAGAUUAGGCAACAUAAAUCACAUCUGGUAUGUGGUGAGCAUCCUGUCAAACUUCCAGCCACACAUUCUUAAGAAGUAAGGGCACAGUCCCGGGCACCAGUAGCAACAUUGACUGUUACUACAAAUUCCCCCAUAUACUUGAGCUGUACAUUCCAAUGUUACAUGGCUCAGUGGUUGUUGAUUGUUUUUAUGUGUGUAAUAUGUCAGUCCAGUUAUAAAAUCUUUGAUUCUGUUCCAACACUGUAUUUGUAAAUGUCUAAUUUGUAUGCAUGUGUUGUAAAAGUGUUUUAACAUUACAGACAUGUUAAUAAA